AUGGCUGCAGGUGUGGUGAAUGCGGCCAACCAACAGAUGACGAUCAACAAGAUCCAGAGCUUCAUCUACGAUGACGUCCUCGUGGAGUAUUCCAAGAACGAACAGAUCGUAGACCUGGUCGAGAAUCUCAUGGCGCCAAACGCCGGUGUGCGUAUUAUACAUAGCAUGCUCAUCAACAAACCUCCUGGUCUGGUCGAUGAAACGGGAGCGGUCGUCGGCGGGCGGCAUCCCAUCCACCAAGAUCUCUUCUACUUUGACCUUCGCCCACCUGAAAUGAUCGUCGCAACGUGGACAGCUAUGCAAGAUGUCAAUCGAGACAAUGGCUGCUUGGUAGUGCUCCCGGGGUCUCACAAGUCCCUAUACAAUACGUCGAUGGGGGGCCUAUUGGCACAUGAGAAGCCCACGUGGAAGUACUUGAACACCGCUUACUAUGGCGUGCGCGACUUGCCCCCAGACUGGCGAGACCAACGCGUGCACGUGCCUAUGAGCGCAGGAGAUACCAUUCUGUUCCAUCCCUUGUUGCUGCACGGCUCAGGGCGCAACCGGAGUGGUGGCUACAGACGAGCCAUCAGCACCCACUACGCGAGUGCGAAAUGUCAUACCGAGCCCUACGAAGAAACUACCAUGGCUAUGUGGGACGAUAUGCUUCCCGCUAUGAUUCGCAGAGUGCAAAGAAAUGGGAUACUUUCCGCCGCCAUCGCAUUGACGAUAGGACCUAUCGCCUACGGUUGCCUCUUCAAAGCAAAGUUCGUUGAAUUAACGCCUGCACGCUUAAGUGCCGCGGCAUGUAUUGGUGCAUUGUGUGGACUGGCAGCAGGUAGUGUCAAAAUCAAGCAAAACUUCUGCACGCGAAGUUUGAUAAGACUCAGUCUGUACUUGGGUGUACACAGAGGGCAUCAUAUGUUGGUCAGAGCCCCGAAGGAAGCCGGUUCCAGUUAGAAGUUACCGGCCACAGAUGAACAGUUUCUUCACUUUCACUACACAUAUAGUGGGAUUUUAUGGCGAAAGCUAGACUUUAUCUACCCGAAAAUACGAAAUAUACCUUAUGCUAUGAGAGCAGAAAUACUUCACAAUGCAUACUAUAAUAUGAUGGAGCACAUUGUGUGACUACCAAUAAAGCAAUCGCCAG